CGGAGACCGGAGAAGCCUUUGCUUUCGGGUCUGCCGAAUCAAGUCGGCGAAGAGGACAAGGCGCCAUGACGCUACGGAUGCUGUUCAGCAUUCAAGGCUUCAACCGCUUGACGGCGUUCGCCACAGGGGGCGCUGGCGGCUAUGCCUUCACCAACCCCGAUGUGGACAAUGUCUACGACAUCUUCCCAGUGCUGAAGCCACCUCCUUAUGCCUUUCUGAACCUGUACAAGGUCAAGGAGGAAGACAAGCACCAGUUCGAGCAGAGCUGGAAGGAGGUGGCCAAGUUCAACCAGCGCCAGGAGGGCUAUUUGUACACCAGGUUCAUGAAAGCCGAUCCGCGCUCCGAGGGCUACCAGAACCGGACGUAUGACUACAUAGACAUUGUGCAGUGGACUACUGGAGACGCCCAGCGGCGUGCUGCAUUGAGGCCCAUCUACAAGGAGUUGGAGGAGAAGCUGCCUGGGGAGAGGCUACCGGCGCCGAUGAUGUUCACCCAAGUGGUGGAUGACACGCAGAAGACCCCCACCUGAGCUUAGGCCGGGGAAGGGCCUUGGUCUUGGGUUGUGUGGUCAUGGGACCCCCAAGCAUGCCUUCCGCUUUGGAG